AUUGCAAUUAAAGUUAGAACUAACUGGAAUGAAUAUAACCUUCAACCAUCACUUUCAUAAAUAAGUAGGUCGAGUCCAUUUUUAAGAAUCUGCAUAGUUAGAUAUUUAAGAGUUUAGCAGGUGCUGGUAAUGUGAUAUAACUGAAGACAACAAGUUGCAUAACAGAAAUGGUGCUUUCUAUCGACCAAUGGGUUGGAAAAUUAGCUGUUGUGACUGGAGCUAGUGCCGGGAUUGGUGCCGCUAUAUCUAAAAAGCUGGUGGAGUGUGGAAUAAACGUAGUUGGACUAGCAAGACGAACCGAAAAAGUGGAGGAAAUCUCUAAAACAUUAGUAAACCCAAAAAGCAAACUGUAUGCUAUUAAAUGUGACAUUACAAGUGAAGAUGAUGUUAAAUUAGCAUUCAAGAAAAUAGAACAGAUUGGUGCUAUUCAUAUUUUGAUUAACAAUGCUGGAACUUUGUCGCCGUCUCCUUUGCACAAUGGCGAAGUGUCUGAAUGGAAGAAAGUAUUAGAGACAAAUGUUCUCGGAACGUGUAUUGUAUCAAAGGAAGCCAUCAAAUGUAUGUCCAAGCACAAAAUAAAUGGGCAAAUAAUCAACAUCAACAGCAUCUUGGGCCAUCAUGUAUAUAACAUACCGAAACAGAGCAUUUAUCCAGCUUCCAAAUUUGCUCUAACUGCUCUAACCGAAACAUUAAGAUUGGAGUUAAUUGGUAUCGAUUCAAAAAUUAAAGUAACAAGUUUAAGUCCCGGUCCAGUUGAUGAGACCGAAUUCUUUGUGAAAAGCUCCAUGGGCAAAGAAGGAGAGGGCCCUUUAAAAUACUUUUUGAAUCCUGAAGAUAUCGUGAAUGGUGUGCUUUAUAUUUUGACUACUCCACCACACUUGCAUGUGGCAGAAUUAAUGUUGCGGCCAGUCGGAGAACCAUUGUAAUCCGAUGAGGAAAGAACACUGCUAACAUGUUCGUCUUCUUUUGCUUUUAAAAUUUGCAAAAUUGGUAUUAAUUUUAAAAUUAUAAUAAAAGUCCAAGAUUAAAGGUGAUUUUCAAAUGAAAAUGAAAGCGUGUCGUUUUACACAGUUAUAACAUGUUUCGAAGCUGAAAUAUUAAAACAGAUUCAACAGAAAAGUA